CUAGCCCAGUUCUGCUGCUCCUGCUCUUCAUCACUGGCCUGGGCCUGGGCCUGGGGCAGGAGCUGCGUGGCAGCACGUCCCUUCUCUCCUUGCCUUCAUCAGAGCCAAGAACCACGCAGAAUCCUUCCUGGCCUGUAUGAACUUCACCUCGCCACCGAUAGCCCUGCCACCACGGGGGCAGAGGUGAACAUCACGGCGAGCCUGGUGGCCAGCGACAACGGCAGCCUGGUCCUGCCCACCGACCCGCACUCCUACCGCUUCCACUGGGUCCACAGCCCGCUGAUGCUCAAGGGGAAGACGGAGGAGGCGUUCAGAUCCACCAUCCGCGCCGUGGGCAACGUGCCUGGGGACUUCCCCAUCGCCGUGUGGGUCACCAGCGCCGACUGCCAGAUGUGCCAGCCGGUGGCGAGGAGCCGCCUCGUCCUCUCCAUCACAGGUGGGGACCUUUCCUGCUUGCUAAUUGGCCUUCAGACUCUGGGUGCAGGGAAACAUCGGCCUGGCUGCCCCCCUCUGACCAUGUGCUGGCGCAUCAAGUCCGAGUGCCUCCCGCUGGAGGAACACGAGUGUCGCCCAGUGUCCGUGGCCAGCACAGUUUACAACGUGACCACCAUCAUCAUGGACCCUGGGGACUACUGCUUCAGCAUCCGGGCCGAGAAUGUCAUCAGCAGGACACAUCAGUACCACAGGGUCCAGGUGUGGCCCUCCAGAAUGCAGCCAGCUGUCUUUGCUUUCCCCUGUGCCACAAUUAUCACCAUGAUGCUGGCCUUUAUCAUGUACAUGACCCUGAGGAAUACUACUCAGCAGAAGGACAUGGUGGAGGUGGCUGAUUUUGACUUUUCCCCCAUGUCUGACAAGAACCCAGAGCCACCCACUGAGGCCAAGUGCUGCCAGAUGUGCUGCGUGCCCUUCCUGCUGGAGUCCCCGUCUGAGUACCUGGAGGUCGUCCGUGAGAACCACGGGCUGCUGCCACCCCUCUAUAAGUCUGUCAAAACUUACACGGUGUGAGCACUCCCCACCCAGCCUCCGCUUUAACUAACUGCCAACUCCACGCUUUCGGCAGGUGGUGCAUGCCACCCAGCAGGAGGGGUUCAUGUGUGCGGAGCCAUCUGCCCUGGCCAGCCAUCCAUCUGUACAGUCCAGCUGCUGCCACAAGCCCCCUCAGUCACCAUCCCUCAGCCAUCUGUCCAUCUGUCCAACCCAGCCACCGCUGUAAGCCCCUCUCAAGUCAGCCCCACCCCUCACCUUUGAAGAGGCUGGGUACCUCCUCUCUCCAGGUGUGCUUGGCUGUCCCUACCUGAUCCUCCCAUGUUGGCAUGUCUGCUGGCCACGUGUGGUUUGAGCUUUCCUCCCCCAGGCACCCCUGUCUGGGUCAGAGACCUAGGAGGAAGGUCACAAACGAUUAGGGAUACGUCACAAAAGGUCAUGCUUAAAGACAAGCACAUGCGUGCACGCACAUACACACACACACACACACACACACACGCACACACACACACACAGGUCACACAGAUAUCUCGGAUGAUCUUCGUAUUCAGUCGGUUGCUGGGAUGUACCCUGAAUUAGAACCAAGAUGAAAUCUGACCUCCUCUUGCCCCAGUAGCUCCUGGGCCUGGUCCGUCCCUUUGUGAACGGUUUCUGCAGCUACCUGGUCCCAUUCUAAGGACGCCUGUCCCCUGCCUGCUUACCGGGGGCUGGGAAGGGGCAGGGCUAAUACUGGGUGAGUGGGAAGUGCUUCAGAAAAGCACUUUCUUCUACUGAGACUCUGUUAACAUCCAUUGAGGAAAAGGCCUUGAAACAAAAGAGAAGACGAGCGGGUGGGGACUUGGGAUCCCUGGGAGGGGAAGGUGGUGUUGCGGCCCAGAUGCCCCCAGAGGGGCCUUGAGAAGGAAGAGGCAGGACUGGACACCAAGCCCUGGCCUCUCCCCUGCAGCCCGGUGGCUGGGGCCAGCAGAGAAGAGGGAGGGAGCAGGUUAUGGGUGCAGAGGAGAGUCACGAGGCCCCAGCCCACCGUGCCAGGGGUGCCAGGAGCAACCUGGGCCUGUUUGGUGGGGGGAGGGCAGGGCGUGGGGGCCGGGCUCUGUUGCUGUAAUUGUUUGCUCUCAGACUUUGCACAGAAAACACAGUCGUGCAGCUCAUCCUCAUGAAACACUGCCAUUGUUGCUGAAUAAAGCUCGCGUGCUCUGAGUAUAA